AUGGAUCUCGACGGCCAAAACACCGGCAUCGAUACUGACCUCUACUCGAGGCAGAUCGGUACCUUCGGGAUCGAGAUGAUGGGCAAGCUCCAAAAACUGAAGGUCCUCAUCAUCGGCGCCAAGGGUGUCGGUACGGAAAUAGCCAAAAAUCUCGCCCUGAUGGGAGUCGACACCAUAUGCCUGCACGAUGACGACACCGUGAAGAGACAGGACCUCGGCGUGAACUUUUUCCUGCGGUCGGCGGACGUCGGAGUGAAGGUGGUCAGCGAGGUCUGUCUGCGCCACCUCCAGGACCUUAACGGCAACGUAAACGUCAUCGCCCAUCGUGGGGAGAUAACAGAGGAGGUUAUUGUCCAGUACGACGUUGUGGUCUGCUGCGACCAGAAGCUGGACAUGCUGAUGAAAGUCAGCGGAUCGUGCCGCAACAACAGGCUCAACAAGCGUAUCGGGUUCAUAUCGGCCGACACUUUCGGCAUGGUGGGAGCGAUAUUCGUAGACUUUGGCAACAACUUCGUCUGCGUCGACCCCUCGGGCAAGGAUACCAUCACCGCUAUCGUAUCCGGCAUCUCCAGCGAGGAGAAGGGGGUUGUGUACAUCCACACCGAAGGCAGCAUGCCAUUCCAGAGCGGGGACGUGGUGACCUUCUCCGAGGUCGAGGGCAUGGAGGAGCUCAACUCCAUGGGCCCCGUGGAAAUCACCGUCAAGGACAAAGAUUCCUUCACCAUCGGUGAUACGCGUGGCUUCAAACCUUAUAUCUCCGGGGGUAUCGUGAAGGAAAUACGCAGGCCCAAGCAGAUCAACUUCAUCAGUUUCGAGGAGGCGAUGACUAACCCCUCGAAGAACAACUGCAUGCUGACCAUGGACUACAGCCUUUUCGGAAGAGCCGAGCAGCUCCACUGGAUCAGCAUGGCAUAUCGCAUGUGUGGAAACGAUGUAAACUCUGUAAAGGCCUCGGCGCAGAACCUGAACGCGAAGGCGCAGUCCUCGGCAGUUGAGCAAAUCGACGAAAAGGUUUUGUCUAAUUUCGUGAGAUUCGCGCACCUGAGGAUUUCGCCGCUGUGCUCGUUCGUCGGAGGUGUGGUUGCCCACGAAGUUAUCAAGUUCACCGGCAAGUACCACCCCAUCGACCAGUGGCUCUACUGCGACUUCACCCUGCCGGAGGAAGUCACAACGGGCAACACGAGCGACGUGGGGUUCGACUCCAGAUACAGCGACCAGAUAGCGAUAUGGGGGCGCGAAGUGCAGAGCAAGAUCCAGAGCGCAAAGAUAUUCACAGUUGGAUCCGGAGCGCUUGGCUGUGAGUUCAUGAAGCACUUCGCCCUGUUAGGGUGCGGAACACAAAAUGGAGGUGUCGUUACGCUCACUGACAAUGACCGCAUCGAGGUCUCCAACAUCAGCAGGCAGUUCCUCUUCAGGAAGAAGCCGCCUGAGAUACACAAACGUUUCCAGAAACACGUUGGACUCCCCAAGUCGAAGGUUGCGGCGAUGGCGGCCAAGGAUAUCAACGAGCACAUGCGCAUAGAGGCGCUUGAGAUUGCAGUUGGGCAGGAAACUGAGGACUACUUCAAUGACAGGUUCUGGGAACACCUCACAGUGGUGGUCAACGCGCUGGACAACGUGAAGGCGAGGCAGUACGUUGACGGGCGGUGCGUGUGGUACGAGAAACCGCUGCUGGAGUCGGGGACGCUUGGCACCAUGGGCAAUGUGCAGGUGAUCAUACCGCACAUCACGCAAUGCUACAGCGAGAGCCAGGACCCACAGGAAACAUCGAUCCCUCUGUGCACACUCAAACACUUCCCGUACCAAGUUGACCACACGAUACAGUGGGCGAGGGAUCUUUUCGAGGGCCUGUUCACCCAACUUGCCCACGACAUGAGGAAGAUACAGAACAACUCCUCGGGUAAGCGUGCUAAGAACAGUGUGACAUCACGAUUCACAGAAAUCGACGACAUACCGGACGACAAGGUGAAGAUGAUUGCACAGCUGGUGAAAAUCACGGAUAACAACGCCAAGGAGGAGCUUCUGCGGAUAGCAGCCCACCUCCUCAACCAGUACUUCGUCAACAACAUCAAGCAGCUGCUGUAUUCGUUCCCGGCGGACCACCUCACCUCAGACGGGCUCAAAUUCUGGAGCCCACCCAAGAGGAUACCGGAGCCACUCGUGUUCAACUCGGAGGAGAAAUAUGUCAACAUGUUCUUGGUUGCAACGUCCAACAUUCUCGGCACGGUCAUUGGCAAGGAUGUGCGUGUAGACGCGAACGACGCUAAAGCGAUGCCGAAGGUGGAGUUCGAGGAGUUCAAGCCCGUAGUGCUCAAACUGUCAAACGACAAACUGAACGUGGAAGUAGAGGCGCCCGCAAACAACGAUAAGAUGCGCGAAGUUUUAAUUGACGAAAUCAGGAGAAGCAACGCCAAAUUCAACUCCGUCGAUUUCGAAAAGGAUGACGAUACAAACUUCCACAUAGAGUUCAUAUGGGCCACCGCGAACAUGCGCUGCCGAAACUAUGACAUAGAGCAGUGUGACCGCAUGAAGGCGAAGCUUAUCGCAGGAAAGAUCAUACCCGCCAUCGCCACGACGACCGCGAUGGUCGCCGGACUAGUCAUGCUGGAGUUCGUGAAGACCAUAUGCUACAAGAAGCUGAAGUUGGAGCACUUCAGGAACUCGUUCUGCUGCCUCGCCACUCCGGUAUGGCUGCAGUCGGAGCCUAUGCCACCCACGACCACCAGCGACAAGGAGUACGACCCUAUUGUAGGCGGAGCUGUUAGGGCGCUGCCGGCGAACUUCACAACCUGGGACAAGGUGCAUCUCAACCUGCCGAACGGCACUGUAAAGGAGAUCAUCGAAGCUAUUCGCGACAAGUUCAACGUGGAAAUCAUCAUUCUCAGCGCAGGGAACAUCUGCAUCUACAACUCGUUCAUGCCCUCGCACCAGCGGGAGCGCCUCAACCAGCCAGUCGCAGAGCUGAUGGAGAAGCUCUCCAAGAAGCCAUUGCCACCGUCUUGUUCUCACCUGGUCAUGGAGGCCAGCUGCACAGAUGACGACGACGUGGACGUCGUCAUCCCGACCAUCAAAUUCUCGUUCAGAAACGCAUAA